CCACAACAGAAUUACGGCUAUAGACUACAAUUGUGUUCUAGAGCAAGCGUUUUUCUCAAACGUUGGCAGCAGCUGCAACAGCUACAGAGCUUCCCGUUGGAAACUCCCGUUUUCGACCCUUCACAAUUCACAAACCACGCAUGUGACUGUCAAUUAAUGAGAGAUUAUAUCGGCUCAGAAAAUCCUUCCUCUUUUAGGCUAUUUGCCUUUUCUUACAGAUCUCAUGACCGCGUCUCGGUCUUUCGCAAGCACGAGCUGUACAUUUCGUGUGUGUUAUAACAAGCAAGGCAGAGCACCAGAACCGAGGUGAUACAAAACUGCGGUGAACGGGGACUGAAAACCAAAUAUAUAUAUCAAUCUGGAAAAUUGCGCACCAGUCAGAAGUGACAAAGCGAGGCAGAGAUGGCAUCUCUAAGCCUGGGGCUGAAUUUAUCCCGAAAGAAGGGAGCAACAAGGACCGGUGCCGUGGAAAGAAAGAACCUAAUUACAGUCUGCAGGUUCUCUGUGAAGACGCUCAUUGACCGGUCCUGCUUUGAAACCAUAGACGACUCCUCUCCUGAGUUCAUCAACUUCGUCUCAAUACUAGAGCAGAUACUGAGCCAUCGACUCAAAGGACAGGUCAACUGGUUUGGCUAUGAGAGCCCACGCAGCUUCUGGGACUACAUCCGCAUGGCCUGCAGCAAGGUGCCACACAGCUGCAUCAGCAGCAUUGAGAACAUGGAGAACGUCCGCAUGUCUCGGGCCAAGGGUCGAGCGUGGAUCCGGGUAGCUCUAAUGGAGAAGCGGCUCUCUGAGUAUAUCUCUGCGGCUCAGCGGGACUUCAAAACCACCAGGCGUUUCUACGAGGACGGAGCGAUCAUGCUAGGAGAGGAGGCGGGGCUGCUUGCGGACAUGCUCAUCGGUCUCAACGCCAUCGACUUCAGUUUCUGCCUGAAGGGGGAGGGGCUUGAUGGAAGCUGUCCUGCUGUCAUUGACUACACCCCCUAUCUGAAGUUCACACAGAGCUCAGACAGCAUCAGCAGCGAUGAGGAGGAGAUGAGGACCCUGGGCAGCAGUGGGAGCGAGAGCAGCACCCCGGAGAAUAUAGGCCCCGCCCUCUUCCUGGACCAGAGCAGUUGGUUUAACAAGUGCAAGAGAGUGGAGCAGAAGUACAGGAUGGUCCUGGAGCAAAAGGGUUACCUGGAGGAGCUGGUACGUCUACGGGAAGCUCAGCUGGCCGAGUCCGUGUCCCAGAACAAGGUGCUCCUACAGCGGCUGUCGGACACAGACGUCAGCCACAAACUUGAGAAAGAGCAGCUAGAGUACAUCGUCCUGGAGCUACAGGACCAGCUAACAGUGCUGAAGAACCACGAUCUGAGAUCCAGGCAGGAGUUAACCACUCAUCUCACCAAUCAGUGGCCUUCUCCGGGCGCCCUUGACACCAGCGCCGUCGCCCUGGAUACCCUGCUGUACAGGAAACGCACAGGACAGUGGGAGGAGAAAAGCUUCAACAGUCUGGAUCAGCUCUCGGCUGACAUCAGCCUGUCACAGAUGUCCCUGGACCCUGCCCAAUCUCAGGAGCCGGAGGGCAAGCCAGAGCGCCCCCGCUGGCGAAGCGAAGGAAAAGAAGACACCCCUUCCUUGCGCGGCCUCUGUGGGUCCCUGACGUCGGUGGCCAGCUACAAGUCCCUGGCCAGUCUCAAGUCCAGCGAAUGUCUAGUGAGUCCCACCACAGAGAUGACCAGCCCUGGGCUCACACCCUCCUGAACCCGUCACUGGGACUGGCCCAGGACUGGCCUGGCCAUAUCGGCACCCCAUAACUCCAUCCGUUAAUAAAAAAACAAAAACAUCCCUACCGUGUCAAGCCAUGGAGAGACUGGGGUCACAGGUAUAGACUUGACAUUGUUUUUUUCUCUUUUUUAAAAAAAAUUGAGGCCAGUGUUAUUUUAACUGAAUUGUUAUGUACUUGCUAAGCCUGACUGGGCUAUGCAGAGUGUCCAUGUCAGUUGCUUCACGUCUGUGGUCUGCUCAAAGGACAGUCUCUUCUGACAAGCUUUAGAAAAUGGAGGCACACUAGAGAACACAGGGAUCGGUUCCUGGAAUGUAUCUACAAAGAUUUGUUUUUCAUAAAGCAAUGAGGUUCAGCGUAGCUGGUCUAAAAAAAGGUUUGUUUUUUUGCCAGCUUUCAUCCAUUUUAUUGUCAAAGCGGUACGUUUUAUUUUGGUGGGUUUAUUCAAUGACAGGUAUUACUGCUUGCAAGUGCAGAUGACAAACGAUAACCCAAACAUAAUUUUAGGGGAAUAAAAUUUUCUCAGGCAGGCAAAUAGUGGGAAAUCAGUCAAAUCUGAAUUUCAUUACACAUGAGGAGCUUAUCUCAUUUCACUUUUUCCCCCAAGCUGUGCUCUGCCUGUCCAUACCUCAAACCCUCUGUAACGUUACGGGUAGUAUGCUGACAUAGGGAUUGGAGACUGGGGUUAAUGAACCCCAAAGUGGGUGGAGCAAAGAUGUACUUUCAACCACUAGCGUAUUUGAACCAAUCAUAUUUUGAACCAAUCAUAUUUUGCCAUUGGAAAACUUGUUCCACCUAUUAUGGGGCUCAUGAAGCCUCACUCUACCGCACCUCACUCAACACCCCUCACGCGUGAACAGCCCUGAUACAGUCGUGCCAUUUGCUUUGUGCCUUCAUCUUCCUGACUCCCAUAACCUGCCAUCAAUCAUCCUGGCACAGCAACAAUUAUAGACAGCCCACUCUGCCUUAGUUGCUUGAAUGUGUUUGUUUAUAUGCCAUGUUUCCACCUUCAAGUAUUGCAACUUUUUGCUAUGCUGCAGCAAGUCUGUAAUUUGAUUAGGGUGAAUAACGGUUUUCUAGCCUUUUCUUUUUCACCAUCUCAAACCAUAACUUUCCAGCUUUGUUGUGAAUAGAUACAGAUCUCACACACAAUUUUUAAAGAUAGUUUUAAAACACUGAUUGGCUGGUGGUUCCUUAAACUUAUACAGACAGCCAUUUUAAUAGGCCUGUCAUGGAUGCACGCAAAUUAACUUUUAGUGACAUGAAACCCCAUUACAGUGGUUGAAAAAUGUAGAAGGUGUAACAAGUUCUGUAUGUCAGGAUGCAUUCCUUUCAGCAAUAGGAGUGCUUAAUUCAUAACUAUUUUCCAACUGUCAAAUUACUGACAGCAGUUUCUGGCCCCAGUCUGCUGUUUUCUUGUUGCCUAAGGAAAUUGUUUAGUCUAUAUUAACGCCAUUAUUUCAUUAGCAAGCUUCAUUUAUAGUCAAUGCAACAACAAAAAAAAUGCUCAGCACAACCCACUAUCUUGCCAGCCCUUUGAGGAUGCAGUUUGCAUGUUCAGCAGUACUGUGGGAAAUCAGUGAUGUGGUUUCAGUCGCUGAUGUAAUUAAAAUGGAAGACAUUUGCAUUCUGCGUGGAUGGUCAACUUCUGUCUUUCGCGGCCUCGAGAUUACGGCAUACGAUCGGUUUUGCAUCACGUGAGCAAACUGCCUAAGUUCAUGAAGCCUGGCUGAAACUUUGGCCUUUGGCCUACGGUUUGCUAGAUCAUUAAUUAAUCAGAAAAAUAAACUAAAGCAUACAGAAUCUGAGAGGAUGCAAUAGGUAGCAAUGCGGACAAAUUGAUGUUGAUUAUCAGCUGGUCACUAGCCAUUCAUGGAUUAAGGAACUAGAUCAAUUAUCCACAGCUCUAAUUAGCAUUUUCUUUACAUUAAGUUUUUCCUCCCAAUUAAAUUGGCUAUAUUAACUAUAUUAUUUCAUGAAGACUAGUUACCCAAUCAACACUAAUAUUAUACCGAUUGAUAUUAAUUAAUAUAAAUGUUAUUAUUCCUGGAAAAUGAUAGCAUUCAUUAACAUAUUCAUCUAAAAGCCUUGCCAUGUGAUUAUAAAUGAAGAAUACGUCAUUACUAUGGGUCAUAUGAUGGUAUAUACCUUUCUGCUUGCUCAAGGACGAGCCACUGCACGCCACAAUUCAUGGUAACCAUGUAUGCGGUAUGUGGACUAAAGGGAGAAAUACAAGGAUAAAGAAUAAUCUCACCCUGUGUGAGAUGCUUGAAUAAGCAUUCUCUGUACAGUUCUGUGGGUCCUACAAGCUUUCCAUGUAGGACCCACAAUAUCACUAUUGAUUUAUAAUUGCAAAAGGAAACUGAACAAUCAGUAGAUUUUUGAAAAUAAUGCCAAAAUAAUGUACCCGUAAUGCCAAUAAUUGACCCGUAUCCCUGAUAACCAUAUAUAAUAUAAUGUGAACAAUGAAUGUAGCUAGUGUGAGGAAACAGGAUGGUCAAAGUCUGGGGGAUCAGGGUCUACUUUUGUUCCUUUCAUCUCUGUUAAUGUUGCACUGCUGCCUGUUAAUGGGUCAGGGUUUCGUGCUGUUUCCCUGUAUGUUUGUUGUAAUGCUCUGUUGUCAUCCUGUUGGUUUUCUCUGUUUUUUGUAUAAUGUGCAGUGACUUUUUGCCAUUCUUACUCAGUGUUCACACAGCGAGUAACUCAGUGGAUCAGUUGCUGAAAGUCCAUUAGUUUUCUUUGAAGCUGAGCGGCCCCAGAAACUGGGCUGAUUUUGCCAUGGUGUAGUACUUUGUUGCCAGAGAAACGUUGAUCAUGGCUGAUCUUCUCACAGGCGUCACCCGCCAACAGCCAAUCAGAGUUUGGCUCUGCACUUUCUUCUUUUCCUUCUGAUGUGACACCAUUUUGUGAAUAAUUGCUCAAUUCAAAUCAAGGCAGUGAAUGCACACAUUGGCAAUGGAGGGUCGAUUAAAUAGUACAGCUCAAAGUCACCCAGCCCUGUACAUCUUUACAAAAGAAUACAGGGACAAGUGCCUGAAAAGUGAAGCUUUGAGGGCAGUUGCGACUGUCCUUAGCGUCAAUGCAAGUUCUUUAGUUAUUUUCUGAAUAAAACAUUGACACAGGCUAUCACAUGGGCUAGAUAAAUGCUAGGUUUUUCUAGCUAGCAUAUUAUGUAUGGACCAAAAUGCGAGAAAGUAUGAUUUUCUGUUCAAAGGCAGGCAAAUUUACUUGGAGGUCACUGCUUUCAGAGUCUACCUUAUUGGACAGGGAUGCCGUUUUGUUGUCUGUGUAGACAGCCUAUCUGUCAUAAGUUAACAACAUAAAAGACAGGCUGAUAAGCUAUAGAUACAAAAUUAUAUUAGAUUUGUAGUUUAGCACCCUGUCUUAUAUGGCUGAUGGGUAGGAAAAUUCAUUAGCCUCACGUUCAUUUUUUUUGUAGCUGCACGAGAUCACUAAGAGGACACAACAGGAAGCUCUUGCCCCACCCACAGCAUAGUAGAUGUGAGCGACCCACCAACCGAGUUGCUCACUGUGUGAACAUUAGGUUAGCUUGCCUGUUCAACAAUCAGUACCUACCCAUGUAAGCUUCAUUGCUGUCGACAAAUGGCCUCAAUCCUUGUAGCAUAUGAUGUUUGUGUCCACAGUACAUCUAACUGUGCAGCUUUUGAGAGUCCAGCCAUGGAUUCAACAGAAUGUUUCACCAUUUAUCUGUAACCUUUUUUUAACAGAAAACUGGAAAGUAUAAAAUGUUGGUUUUCCUUAGGGAUUUUAUUACAUUGUGUAUUUAUUUUUUCAAUUAAUGCUUGUAAUUAAUUUAGAAUAAAUUUGUUUCAACCAC